AUGCAAUUCAAUCUCGCUUUGGCCUUUAUCACUUUGGUCGUUCUUAUUCAAGUAGCAAUUACUGCCCCGCUAGUUAUUGCUCUUUACGGUGUCGGCAGAGGAGUGAGCGGUGCACUUGAUGGCUUAAUCGAACCUGAAGAAGUUGCUGAGAGUGCAGAAGGUGCUGGAAGAAAGGCAACUGGUCCCCUGAAUAAUGUAUUGAAUUAA